AUGCCACAACAGCAACAACAGAAACAUGUUAUGUUAUCUUAUGAAUGGGAAGUGCAGAGCUUAGUCCUAUCGAUUUAUGAUUAUCUAGUUGCAAAACAAGUACCAGUAUGGAUGGAUAUUAAAGCUGGUAUUCCUUCAGAUAAUUUAUAUGAAGGUAUUGCCAAAGCAAUUGAAAAUUCUUCUUGCUUCGUAUGUUUUAUGACACCAGACUAUCAAGAGUCCGAUUUUUGUAAACAAGAACUUCAAUAUGCCAAGCAAUGUAACAUACCAAUCAUACCAUUGAAGUUACAAGAGGAUUGGAAUCCGACAAGUUGGUUAGGUUUCAUAACAGCCGGUUUAUUAUGGCUUGAUUUUUAUCAUAUAAAAAAUUUCGAAGAAAAAGCAUUUCAAUUAUACAACCGUAUUUGUAAAACAGUUGGUAAACAAUUUCAAUUACAAAAUUCACAUAAAUCAAUAGAAGUAGAAAAUGUGUUUCGCUUACAGUCAUCAUCUCCACCGCGCACUUAUUCUUCUCGUACACAAAAUGACAAAGCAAAAUAUGAUACAUUUGAGCGAACUGAUCUUGACCUCAGAGUUUCUGUUCAAAAUCUUGUCAAACAAUUUUCGCCUCAGACAUUGGAUAAAUAUAAAAUGAAAGAUGAUGUUCCCAAGAAAAUAACAAUCAAUCAAAGCAAGACAUUUGUUAACUGUGGCAUGUCAGCAAGUUCUACAUCAUUACUCUUGGUUUUGAAUAAAAUGCUUCGAUUUUGUUUAAUAAUAAUUCUGCCAAUGUCCACAAGCAUGGACAUUUGGAGCAAAGGGUUAACAAUUGGUACAAAAAUUCCAUUAGGUUUAAUUCUUCCAAGAAUUUCAACUGAAGCUAUUGCUGGUCGUCUUAUUAGUGUUAUAACAGAACAAAUAGCAUAUAAAAAUCAAUAUUUAGCUAUAUUAAGACAUGAAUGUGAAGUUUCUAAUGAACAUUGCAUUACACCUGAAUGA